GGAACUCAUAUCCUGCAAUGAAGGGCAGUCCUUCCUCUACCCCCAAGAUUACUGCUCGCCCCCCUCGCUACCACCCAAGCGACGAUUCCGUGGACAAUCGGCGCGUCAAGUCGCGUCGCGGCUCCAGAUACGAGGAUGCAUCUGCAUCGCCAGCCGUUUCUAAUCGGACGCCACCGGCAAAUCUGGGUCUGAGCCCACUUGCGCCGCCAGCUCCAGCUGAGAUGGUGGCCCAACCCGUCAUGGAUCUGUCUCAUCAUUCUUUUAUGCCUCCGCCGAUCCAAAGACCUGUGACCACGAGACUGUGCUCUGCUUCUAAUGGAGAGCGGACGACCGACCCCCGCAAGCGUUUAUCUGGCUACAUUUCACUGCCACCAACGGCCCCGUCAAGUCCUGUCGCCUCCACAUCUCGGCUUGCGGUCCAUUCUGGUGCGGCCCCGCCGAUCCCGCCCGAAUGUCCGCCCCAUUCCGCAUUUGUGUGUGCGCCGGAGCGGGCAGGCUUUGCUGUCCCUCGGACCCCAACACCUUCUCGCGGGGACUUUUGGAUUGAGCUCAUGGGUCCCCUGAGAGCAUCCGCCUCUGAAAUGAUCAAGGCUGAGGAUAUGGAUGACGAUCGGAUGGCUGUCGAUCCGCAGCCCGUGCUCGGCCACAUCGACCAACCACUCAUCACCCCGCGACAGACACCGGACCGCGUCCAUGCUGGGUCGUUCUACCCGUCUCCCUCUCCGGACCAUCCGCGCCAUCCGCAACGCUCGAUGCAGCGAGAGCCGGAAUUCGAUCUCCAGCUCACCCCAACCACGCCAUUUAUGGGUACCGACAUGGCCGCCUUCGUAAACAUCCUCGAAUCCAUGGGGAAGGAGAUGGCGGCGUUGCAAUCUCGGGUGGCUUUCUUGGAGCUGCAGGUAGCGGAACAACCUGCUUCCCCAACCCUUAAGAGUUUCCAUCAGUUGCGGCAUCUGCUCGACAAGAUGGAGGAAGACUGAGUCGCAGAUCUGUCUAUCCGCUCCUCCGUUGUGUGCUGUAUAUAUCUCCAUCUAUCUUCUACAAUACUUACAUACUGGUCUGUCCACCGGCUCGAGUUCGAAGCCUUCUUGGCUAUUUUAAAUCCUUCUUGGCGCAUG